UUCCUCCUGGCUCCCCCAACCUUUCCAUACUUCGACCAAACCUUCCUUCCUUCUUCCCCAGAGUCCAGAGAACCUCACCGGGAUCCCUCUAGCCAGCGCUAUAUAUACAUUUGUCUCCCAUUAAAGCUCCCUCCCCUUCCUCCUCCUCCACCUCUCCAUACCCAUCUUGGUUUCACCCCCUGAGUCCACGGCCAAACGAAGAAGACGAAAGUAGCAGCGCGCGAGACAGAGGUUGGAGCUUAGGAUCGAUGGCAAUGGAACCGAUCCCGCUGGGGUUCGGGGACGGCAUGGACGCCACGCUCUUCUCCUCCCUCUGGGCCUUCCAGGACGAGGUCCAGCAGCCCCAAGAGAGCGUGGAGGAGCUGAAGCAGAGCCUGCUGGCGGCGACGACGGAGCUGGAGGCGUCCAAGGAGGAGCUGCGGCGGAAGGAGCAGACCAUCGCCAAGCUCGCCGACCUCGUGCGCCAGGUGGCCAAGGAGCGCGACGAGGCGCGAGACCAGGCGCAGCAGCUCGCGCUGCUCGCCAAGCAGGCGGCGGCGCCGGCGGCGCAUGCCACGCCGCAGCCGCCCGCGAUGGUCACCUCCAGCGUCACCGACUCCGACUGCAGCCUCGUCUCGUCCCCGGUGGACCCCUUCUUCGACCCCGUCACCUCCUCCGACCGGCGCCGCUGCGGCGGCAACGGCAAGCUCAGCCCGCCGCCGCCGGCGAAGCAGCAGCAGUUUGGCGCGGACGCCGUGCUCGACAUGCUCGCGGGGAAGAGGCCGCUGCCACCGAGGGGCCGGUUCCUGCAGUCCGUCAUGGAGGCCGGGCCGCUGCUGCAGAACCUGCUCGUCGCCGGCCCGCUCCCGCGGUGGCGCAACCCGCCACCCGUGCACGCGCUCGACACGGUUCCUGUCGGCGGCGUCCGCGGCGGAGUCUACGUCGGCGCGACACCCCUUCAUCCCACCAACGCGCUGGGCUACGCCCCCAACGCCAACGCCAACGCCUGCAUGAAGCGGCAGAUGCCCACCAUGGCCAUGGCCGCCGCCAACUGCUCGCCGGGCUUCGUCGCCAAGCGGCACAGGCUGCAUUGACCCUUCUCCGGCAGCUCCGUGCGGCCACCGACCUCGUCCGACGCCGGCUGCCUUUGUCGCCGACAGCCCACCUGUCGGUGGCACGGCAGCCUGCACUAGAGCGU